CCGACGAUCCUGGUGAGGCCGCAAUCGCAGCAGGUGAAGGCAGGCGGAAUAGCGAGCUUCUACUGCACGGCGGAGGGAGCCCCGCCGCCCCAGAUCCAUUGGAGGAAGAACGGAAAGAAAGUUUCCCAGGCUCAGGCACGGUACGUGGUGCAGAACUAUGAAAACGGAGCUUUACUACGGAUCGAACCUGUCAGAGCGGGCCGCGACAACACCCAGUUCGAGUGUCUUGCCGAGAAUGGAGUCGGGGACGCCGUGUCAGCCGAGGCGCAGCUCAAAGUCUACGAAGGGGAAAAACUGCCAAACGGAUUCCCGUUGAUAUCUCAAGCGCCGACGACGAAGGUGGUCGAAAUGGGACACAAUGCGGUCCUCCUCUGCAUGGCUAUCGGUUCACCGCCUCCGAUCAUAUCUUGGGUACGCGACACGUUACCUAUCGACACGAGCAAUCCACACUAUACGGUUCUGGAAUCUGGGGCGCUGCAAAUUACCGAAUCCGACGUAACCCAUCAAGGAAAGUACGAGUGCGUGGCGAACAAUUCCGUCGGCACGGAAUACUCCAAGUCGGCCAUGUUAUACGUGAAAGUUCGUCGUGUGACACCCAAGUUCUCCAUUCCUCCGCCGGAGGUGAGCGAGGUGAUGCUAGGAGCAUCCCUGAACCUAACCUGCGUGGCAGUCGGCUCCCCGAUGCCAUUCGUCAAGUGGAGGAAGGACCCAGCUACCGAUUUGACGCCCGACGACAAUCUGCCUGUCGGUAGGAACGUCCUGAUGCUCACCAAGAUCCAGGAGUCCGCCAACUACACCUGCACGGCCGCCAGCGACCUCGGAGUAAUAGAAGCCACCUCGAUGGUGAAAGUUCAAUCUCUGCCGAGUCCCCCAGAGAACGUUCAAGUCUCGGACAUCACCGCUACUUCCGUGAAGCUCACCUGGUCGUACAAGGGUUCCGACGAGCUGCAAUACUACGUGAUCCAGCACAAACCGAAGCACGUGAACCAAGCAUUCGCCGAGAUAUCGGGAAUCACGACGAUGUACUACCAUGUCCGGAGUCUCAGCCCUUACACGGAGUACGAGCUCUACGUGAUAGCGGUGAACGCCAUUGGGCGUGGUCCCCCGAGUGCCCCGGUGACUGUCACCACUGGCGAGACGAAACCUGGUACUGCGCCGCGGAAGCUUCAGGCCCGACCAUUGAGUUCCAGCACGAUGGUCAUACAGUGGGACGAGCCGGAAACACCGAACGGACAAGUGACGGGAUACAAAGUGUACUACACGAAGGAUUCGAAUCAGCCGAUGGCGUCGUGGGAAUAUCAGAUGGUGGACAAUAACGAGCUGACUACCAUCUCGGACUUGACGCCUCACACAAUCUACACGAUACGAGUGCAAGCGCUAACGAGCGUUGGCCCUGGUCCACUGAGCCUGCCCGUUCAAAUAAAGACGCAACAAGGGGUACCGAGUCAACCGGAAAUGUUGACGGCGGUAGACACCGGGGAGACCAAAGUAACGCUCCAAUGGAGUAAGCCAACUCAUAGCGCGGAAAAUAUCCUCAGCUAUGAGCUAUAUUGGAACGAUACUUAUGCAAAGGAGAAGCAUCAUCGAAGGAUACCGGUCACCGAGAACUACACCCUGACGGGCCUCUACCCUAACACGCUGUACUACGUCUGGUUGGCCGCGAGGAGUCAGAGAGGCGAGGGAGCGACGACGAUUCCAUAUCCGGUUCGCACGAAACCGUACGUCCCCGGGGCUCCGCCUCGCAAUGUAAGCGGAGAAGCGAUCAGCCCGACCUCCAUAUUGGUAACAUGGGAACCCCCGCCUGCCGAUCGAUCGAACGGGAGGAUCGCGUACUACAGGCUGCAAGUCGUCGAGAGCGGACGCUCCGACUCGGAGGCGAUAUCUAUCAAACUGAAUGACACGAAAUUUACGUUGGACGAACUGAAAAAGUGGACCGAGUACCGGAUUUGGGUAUUGGCCGGGACCAGCGUAGGUGACGGACCUCCGAGUUAUCCUAUCACGAUCAGAACUCACGAGGACGUGCCGGGAGAUCCUCAGGACGUGAAAGCUACGCCAAUCAACUCGACCGCGAUACACGUCGAAUGGAAACCUCCGAAGUCGCAAGAACAAAACGGCGUGAUAAGAGGGUACCAUAUACACGUUCAGGAAGUGAGGGAAGAGGGAAAGGAUCUCCUGAACGAACCCAUACGUCGCGACGUGCUCGAAAACGGUGUGCUGGAAGUGAACAUUACCGGUUUGCAACCAGACACUAGAUACUCGGUUCAAGUAGCCGCCCUCACGCGAAAAGGAGACGGCGAUCGUUCGCAGCCGGUUCACGUCAGAACACCUGGAGGUGUGCCCAACAGGCCUCAGGUUAACGUUAAAGUUCUGUCCAGGGAUCCCGACGUGCUCGAGUUGGAUUGGGUGCAGCCUACGCAAACCUACGGCACCCUUUUGGGUUACAGGAUAAGAUACGGAAUUAAAAACCAGACGCUCAAAGAAGAAUUUAUCCAAGGAACGCGAGAGCACACCUACAAAAUCGAGGGCCUUGAACGGGGUGUGGACUACGAGUUUAGGGUCGCUGGACAAAACGAAAUCGGUUUCGGCCAAGAAACAGUACGAUACUGGUUCAGCCCCGAGGGCGAACCCACUGGACCGCCGACGAAUCUGUCGUACUUCUUUCAAACCCCGGACACGGUGUGCGUGACGUGGGACGAGCCACUUCGGAAGCAUAGAAACGGUCAGAUAAUCGGUUACGACGUUCAAUUCAAUAAAAAGAACGACCAUUCGACGACCAUCGAUCGGAACACGAACAAGACGAGGGCUGUUUUCACCAACCUCGAAGAAAACACGGAGUACGUGUUCCACGUGAGGGCUCACACGUCGAGAGGUAGCGGUCCUUACUCGGAGAAGAUCACGAUAAUCACGGAGAAAGACAUAGGACGGGCACCGAUGUCCGUGAAAGCUGUGGCUACGUCGGAGACCAGCGUGGAAGUUUGGUGGGAACCUGUGCCUAACCGCGGAAAGAUCACUGGUUACCAAAUAUUCUACACGACGACGGCCGUGGAGGACCUGGACGAAUGGAAGCAAAAAAGCGUAGGCCUGACGGAGUCGGCGGAUCUCGUAAACUUGGAAAAGUUCACGCAAUACGCGAUCACGGUCGCCGCCAAGUACAAAACUGGUUUGGGUAGGCUCAGCGACAAGGUGACCGUGAAGGUGAAACCGGAGGAUGUGCCGUUAAAUCUAAGGGCGCCCGACUCGUCCACCCAUUCCAUGACCCUCUCCUGGACACCGCCUAUAAGACUGAACCCGAUGAACUACAAAGUGUCCUUCGACUCCGUGAAAGAGUUCGUCGACUCGCAGGGCAUCACGCAAACCCAAAUCGUUCCUCGCAGACAAAUCCUCUUGGAUCCCAGCGUGACGACCACCACGAUAAACGAACUGCAACCGUUCACCACUUACAACGUGAACGUGAGCGCGGUGCCACGAGACGGACAGUACACGCCGCCUGCUAAAAUCACCGUCACCACCCAAAUGGCAGCGCCUAAACCCAUGGUCAAGCCGGACUUCUACGGAGUGGUGAACGGCGAGGAGAUUCAAGUGAUUCUACCUCAGGCCUCCGAGGAAUACGGACCAAUUUUCCAUUACUACCUGAUCGUUGUGCCUGAGGACAAAUCGACGGAUGACAAGCAACCGGACGAACUGACGGAAGACAUGAUCACAGGCAAGGGUGCCAAAGAGGAAAGAGAGAACGCCCCCUACAUCGCGGCCAAGUUUCCCCACAGGGAUAUUCCGUACACGUUCUACUUAGGCAGCGGAGACAUAUACGAGGGUUAUGAAAAUCGGAAACUCGAGAAGAACAAACGGUAUCGAAUUUUCGUACGUGCCGUCGUCGACACGCCGCGAAAGCAUUUGUACACUUCGUCGCCGUUCUCCGAGUACCUGUCGCUCGAUAUGAGGGUGGCACCACCUGGUGAACCGCCGCAACGACCUAACCCGAACACUCCGAUAGAUGGAAAUCCAGAGAUCAUCGCGAAAACCAACGGACAAGAGCCAGGCAUGGUAUGGGUGGUCGGACCGAUAAUAGCGGCGAUGUUGGUCAGCGUUUUCCUCGUCCUCCUCUUCGUCAUCAAAAAACGAAGACAGCCGUGCAAAGCACCCGAUCAAGCAGCCGUGACACGACCGCUGAUGGCCGCCGAUAUCAGCUCUAAUCACGCCCCGUCCGAUCCGGUAGAGAUGCGCCGUUUAAAUUUCCAAACGCCCGGCAUGAUUUCUCACCCUCCUAUUCACAUCAACGACUUGGGGAAUCACAUCGAGUGUCUAAAAGCGAACGACAAUCUGAAGUUCAGCCAGGAGUACGAGUCGAUAGAGCCUGGCCAACAGUUCACUUGGGACCACUCGAACAUAGAAGUGAACACUUCGAAGAAUCGUUACGCGAACGUGAUCGCUUACGAUCAUUCGAGGGUAAUCCUUCAAACUAUAGACGGGAUCUCGGGCACGGACUACAUAAACGCCAACUAUUGCGACGGGUACAGGAAACAAAACGCGUACGUGGCUACUCAAGGGCCGCUUCAAGAGACGUUCGGGGAUUUUUGGCGAAUGUGCUGGGAGCUACGGUCUAGCACGAUCGUGAUGAUGACGAAACUCGAGGAGAGGGCGAGGAUAAAGUGCGAUCAGUAUUGGCCGUGCAGGGGAUCCGAGACCUACGGUCUGAUGACGGUGACGAUCACCGAUGUUCAGGAGUUGGCUACAUACUGCAUCAGAACGUUCCAAGUGUCGCGGGCUGGAUACUCGGAGAGACGCGAGAUAAAGCAGCUGCAAUUCACUGCCUGGCCCGACCACGGCGUACCCGAACAUCCCGCGCCGUUCUUGCAAUUCCUGCGCAGAGUACGAUCCCUGAAUCCACCGGAAAGCGGACCAUUGAUCGUCCACUGCAGCGCCGGCGUCGGCAGAACCGGCUGCUUCAUCGUCAUCGACUCCAUGCUCGAAAGGAUCAAGCACGAGAAAAUGAUAGACAUAUACGGUCACGUAACUUGUCUACGCGCCCAAAGGAACUACAUGGUGCAGACCGAGGAUCAGUACAUAUUCAUUCACGACGCGCUUUAUGAGGCGGUGAUCUGCGGCAACACGGAGGUGCCCGCCAGAAACCUUCACUCCCACAUUCAGAAGCUCAUGCAAUCGGAGAUCGUCAACAUAACCGGCAUGGAGCUGGAGUUCAAGAAACUGUCCAACAUCAAGGUAGACUCGUCGCGUUUCAUAUCGGCGAACCUGCCGUGCAACAAGCACAAAAAUCGACUGGUACACAUCCUGCCGUACGAGUGCACCAGAGUGUGCUUGCAACCCCAGCGCAACAUCGAGGGCUCGGACUACAUAAACGCGAGCCUGAUCGACGGAUAUCGCUACCGCGGUGCCUACAUAGCGACUCAGGGACCUCUCUGCGACACUACCGACGACUUUUGGCGUAUGCUCUGGGAGCACAACUCCACGAUCGUCGUUAUGUUGACGAAAUUGAAGGAGAUGGGCAGGGAGAAGUGCCACCAGUACUGGCCCUCCGACAGGUCGAUACGUUAUCAGUGCUUCGUCGUCGAUCCCAUCGCGGAGUACAACAUGCCGCAGUACAUUCUAAGGGAGUUCAAGGUGACGGACGCUCGCGACGGCGCCAGUCGCACGGUCAGGCAAUUCCAGUUCAUCGACUGGCCCGAGCAGGGGGUACCAAAGUCGGGCGACGGAUUCAUCGACUUCAUCGGGCAGGUGCACAAAACGAAAGAGCAAUUCGGCCAGGACGGACCUAUCACCGUGCAUUGCAGCGCGGGAGUCGGAAGAACCGGUGUCUUUAUCACGCUCAGCAUCGUACUGGAACGUAUGCAGUACGAGGGCCUCGUCGAUAUCUUCCAAACGGUCAGAAUAUUGCGAACGCAGCGCCCAGCGAUGGUUCAAACCGAGGACCAAUACCAGUUCUGUUAUCGCGCCAGUUUGGAAUACUUGGGUUCUUUCGAUCAUUAUGCCAACUGACAACCCGAUUCUCGCGAGGAACGGGAAUCCAGCAGGGAUAGAAGGGAUCGUCAGAGGAACGAGAGAGACGUGGGCGAACGAGCGAAAGUACGACGCGUCUAGUACAAUGGGAGCACUCUUGGAGGAGUAUGUGUAUAACUAUUCGACGAACGGGAAAUGUAGGCUACACCAUGAUUCGGGUGAAUAACGUACUAUACUCGUACCUUCCAUGGACAGAUAUAGUAGAAACGCGAUAAAUUUUGGGCUAACUUCUUGGGCAACUAAACGCGCAGCAGCCGCGAGUAUCUUAGUAAAUGGUGUUCGCAGCGAUCACGGCCGUGUGGAGAGUUUUUCUUUCAUUUUUUCGCGGCACCGUAAGUGCUGAUACUCGAUUUUAUUCACAUUCCCUAACGACUAACGGAACAAGACUGCCGUUUAGAACGUAUCGGCUAAAGUAAUCGUAGAAACAAUCAUAUCUGUAGCGGUAUCCUUUCCCGAGACUUAUUUUACGGGUUAUGGAACACAUACGUGUAUACAUAUGUACACACAAAAUUUUUUGGGGGAAGUGGUGUAGAAACGAAGGAGGAGGACACACACACACACACACAGACCCGAAAGUUGAUCGAGCAGUGGAAACUGAUUCUUAUUAAACAAAAUGACAUGAAAAUGACAAAAAAAAAAGAAACCAGAUGAAAAGAUCUCGAAAAAAUCGUAAUCGAAAGUUCGAUUAUUGAAACAUAUCCAACCGACGAUCAACGCCCGAGACACCUUGCGAUUACGUUUUUUCCAGGUCCCUCGUGAAACUACGGUUGCUUAGAUAGUCUAGGUUGCUAAGCUAACGAUAAGGCGAAAAACCGACGGGGAUUUAUCGUCGCGAUCGCGAGCCUCGCGAGUCAUAUGUUGAACAACUUUUUUCUAUCCGUUGGAGAACAGUGCUUCCAUAUUUUGUGGGAAACGUAAUACGUCUGAAACAAGGGGAACCGAAUCGAGAGCACGGACCGUGACACGUUCUAUAAAAAUAAAGAAAGAACAAAUAAAAAUGUACUUAUCGAGGACAAGGGAAAUCGCUAAAGAUCUCCGUAACUAGCGUCGAGAGUAAACCAGAAGGGACGCGAAUUUUCCGCUCACUGACACGAAAAUUACCAUACUGCCAAAUCGACAAUUAUUCAUGCUGCGCCCAUUACGCACGAUAGGGAUCUUCUCAUUACCUACUGUAAUUUUAAGUAGACCGUAAGCUAUUGUUCUAAGAUUUAGAUGAUAAGCGACGCCAUUAGAACAAGAAAAAUGAAAAAAACAGAUGGGAUUCGAAUGGUGCAUGAGUGAAAGGAAACGGUGCCUAUAUUCAAUUAAAAUGCACAAAAGUGUUGUGCAGGUCUCUACGAGAACUAAUUUAAACUAGAAGCACUGUAUGUCGGAUUUGCGUACUGUUCCCCCGAGCCCUCGAUGCCCUCGUGUACAAAGUCCCAUUGUAGGCUUCUACCUCGACACUACUUUUACGAUUUUCCCGGUUAUCUAAACCAACAAUUUCUCUACCAACUUCGAUCAUUCCUGGCUCGGUUUAGACUGAAACCGAGUGCUUCGUGCUGGGGAUUAAAACUCGUUUUGUAGCAGAACCUACCCGGAAGCGUACCUCGCAAUCAGCGAAAGUUAAAGCCCGUAAGACGGGCGAAACAUUGUCAUCUCUCCCCCUUUACAUUCUCCCGCUCCCCAGCACCGAAACGCCAAAUCAAUGCCAAAAACAACAAAACGAACAAUUAACGAUGCAAUCGAUCCCACGCGGUACAUAUGUAUAUCUUUUUUGAUAACGAUCGAGAAACCAUUUCGACGUGUAUUGAUUAUACAUUGUAAUUCAAAGAGUUGCAAAGUCGCGUAGUCUACGAGGACAAUAAGCAUACGCUCGUUUGUAUAUCUUCUAUAUUUCGAAAAUCAUCGUCGUACCGUUUCGGUAUACAGAGUCGUUUCGUCGCUGUUCGAUGCGAUACAGCGUACAAUUUCUAUUUACUAAAAUAUUAUAAGUAUGAUACGAUGAUAAACUGUACUACCCCGUAAAGAACGGAUCACUUUUUCGUUUUUGGCAUUCCUUUGGCUUCGAUUGUUCGCACGUGCGACGAUCUACGCGCUCGGUAUUUGGUAUCGGAAGGCACAUUCAGAAUUCUUUCGUAUUUGUUCUUUUUCUUCUUUCAAAUUCGACAUUUAGAUUCUGAACCGUUUGAAUCGAGGAUCGACGAUGUUUCUCCUUUUUCGAAAGUGGUUCGAGGGUCAGGAAUUGUGACUAAGUGUACAUAAAUGCACCGUCUGUCAUUAGCAACAUUAUAUAAAUAUAAAUAUAUAAAUAUAUAUAUAUAAAUAAGAUGAUAAAUAAUAUAUAUAUAUAUAGAUAUAUAUUACGGAUAACACAAAUUAAGAGAGUACGCAUCGAAUGAAACUGGGUGGAUAUUUUCCAGACUACCGGGUUUGAUGCGUGAUAUCCGAAAAAGCACGUUGUUUGUUACACGAUUUCGUCGAACUUCAUUUUCACACCUUUCUCAUUCCGGUUGACGCGUUUUUUGAUACGAUCUUUUUUAACCUUUUUGUAUGAUGUAAGUCUUGUUCUUUUACGUGAACUUACCGUGCAUAUCGUAUUUUUUAACGCGAGAUUUACAUUACAGACUAAGUGCAUUGCUGCGUUAUUAUUACUUUCCAUUUUUGUCAGAACGUGCAUUUAUUUUUGUCUAUAUCGUUUUUAUUUCAUGUUGUAAGACUGAAGGCCAUCGCGUCUGAUCUAUUACUACGUAUUCUCAGUACUUGUAAUAGUACUUAAAUGGCUCGGUCAUCAUUGAAAGGUAAACUACUUAAUCAUCGUAUCUCUCGUUGUUUACCCAAACUCCGUUAACACUAUUUUUAUUUUACAUAUGGCUCCAUUAACGUCCCGUGCAUUAAUUCUGCGCGAUAUAUAACGAAAUUUCUCUCUCCCAUUGAACUUUUUAAACAAACGUUUAAUUAUACACACGUACGCGAACAAAAUUGAUAACCGACUGACAUUUCGAAAUGUACUGGCCUUUGGUGCGAGCUCCGAAGUUACUUUCCAAAUCAUUAUUUUAUUUUUAUAAUUAUUUUUUUAUACUACCGACUUGAUUCACGUGUAAGUUACUUUUAUCGUCUCUUCGUCGUCCUUACGCUUUAAUUCUCUUAACGAUAUAUUCGUGCUUCUGUCAGAACACAAAUUCGAUAUUGUUACGUUGGUAACGAAGAAACGACUGUUUUCCCGUAAAAUGUGACUAAAGAAUCAAUGCAAAACAAUUUCUUCGACGAAAAUGCGCUAUCGCUAUAAAGUACAAUUGGUAUGUAAAAACUUACUAAAAAUCUAAUCAAAUACGAUGAUUUUUCCAAGUAUCGUUAUACGCGAUUCACGGCUUCGUAACGUUUCCUGUAGACUUUCUUUUGAUCGUUGAAAAGACUGACAAAAUAAGUAAAAUGCCCUGGUUAGAAAUUCCUUGCCAACAAAUUUUUGCAUCUACCGAAUUACAGAUCGAUUAUUCGUUAAGAUUCUCACGCGCGAGGGAUGUAGUCCGUAUAGAGCGUCUUGUUAAGAAAAAAAAUACAAAAAAAAAAGAAAUAGUUUUCAAACUUUCAAUUCAAACAACCUACUCGCAUGAUUCUUACAGUAUUCGUAAACGAGCAAACAUAGAAAGAAAAAAAAAUGAAAGAAAACGAGAGAAAAUUGCAGAGAUUUUUGUCACAAUAACUCUCGAGAUAUCAUUACUCUUCCGGUGUUACUUCUUACUCUAUCAUUCGACUUUUAUCAAUAUAGUUUUAACAGCGGACAAAAAAAAAAAUGUUUCACCGCACAAAGUGCGGUAUUGCCAACGUGGUCGACAACUUCGUGUUUAAAGUUCCAGACUAAAAAAUACAAUACGUUACGAGAAAACGAAAUUAAAUGAUUGUAUAAAUAUAUUUACUAGUUAUAAGUUGGUAGCGUUAAAUUGUAUUCGAUGAAUUUACCAAUAACAAAGAAGUCCACGAUAUUCGUAUAUUUAUAAGAUACCGAUCGUAACGUUAUUACGUUUUUUUGUAUCAUUCCAAAAGAUUUGUGUAUCUUGUACUUAGGCGCGUGUCUAUUGUUAGUGUUUAUAAUUUUUUUUAUAUCCCAAAAUGUAUAGCAAUAUGUGGUUUGUUGUAUUCUUCUUCUUAAAAAAAAAAACACGAAACUCGCGUUUUUCGGAGCAGUCUUUAAUAAUGUAACAAAAUACAAUCGGCCAUUUAUGCUCCGUGCAAUACUACGACGAGUUUGUUACUGUGUGUACGGUCACCUCGAGUUCAUCCACUCGGACGAGACAGUAAUUGAAUACAGUCGUUCAUUCCGAGAUGAAUAUGAAUUAAAAAAGACAAAGAAUAAGUCAAAUACUAAAUAUCGUUGAAAGAAUGGGAAAUUAUUUUGUGAUACUUUCUUGCCAGAAAGAAUACAACAGGCUGAAGUGAAUAUGAUAAAUGCAAUGUUACUAAUUAACACUUAUACAAAUUAAAUAUUGUGUAAUAGGAAGUCUGUUGACAAGGAGAAAUAACGUGUACAUUAUGUAUUGCCCUGUGGCAUCAAUAAACUAAUAACUAAC